UCCGCUCCAUCGAAAAUGACGGCAAUUACGGCCGCGGCCCCCCGCCCGCCUCCCGGCCCGCGGCGGGGGCGGCCCCGGCGGCGGGGGAGGAGCCGAGGGGAGCCGAUCCGAGCCGUGCUGAGCCGAUCCGAUCCGAUCCGAGCCGUGCAGAGCCCAGCCGCACGGAGCCAGCCCGGGCAGCGGCUCCCCGUGCUCCCCCCGGGCCUCUCCCGCCGCCCCGCGGCAUGGUGGCCGCCGGCCCGCCAGAAGAUGGAGGGGCACGUCCUGGGCUGGAUCGUCCUCCUAUGGCUCGCAGCUGAGGUGGAAGGGUUGCAAGUCACCGUGCCUGAGAAGAAGAAGGUGGCCAUGUUGUUUCAGCCUGCUCUGCUUCGCUGCCAUUUCUCUACUUCUUCCACCCAACCAGCUGUGGUACAAUGGAGGUAUAAAUCAUACUGCCAGGACCGGAUGGGAGAAGCUUUGGGUAUGGCGACUUCUGGUGUACAGACAAUGAGCAAGAGGAAUCUGGACUGGGAUCCCUACCUGGACUGUGUGGACAGCAGGAGGACGGUCCGCGUCGUGGCCUCCAAGCAAGGAUCUGCCAUCACUAUAGGGGACUUCUAUAAGGAACGAGACGUCAGCAUUGUCCACGAUGCAGACCUUCAGAUUGGGAAGCUGAUGUGGGGGGACAGUGGGCUCUAUUACUGCCUUAUUAUCACACCAGAUGACGUGGAGGGCAAGAAUGAAGAAUCGGUGGAGCUGCUUGUACUUGGCAGGACAGGGCUGCUUGCUGAUCUCUUGCCCAGUUUUGCUGUGGAGAUUAUGCCAGAGUGGGUCUUUGUGGGCCUGGUGAUCCUGGGCGCGUUCCUGUUCUUCCUCCUGGUGGGGAUCUGCUGGUGCCAGUGCUGCCCACACAGCUGCUGUUGUUACGUCCGCUGCCCCUGCUGUCCUGAGUCCUGCUGCUGUCCCCGGGCACUGUACGUAGCAGGCAAGGCAGCAAAGGCAGGGUACCCUCCUGCGGUCUCCUCCAUGCCAGGUCCAUACUACAUCCCCAGUGUUCCUGUAGCUGGUGUCCCAUCUCCUGCUGUGCUGAUGGAUAAGUCGCACCCACCUCCCUUAGCCCCAAGUGACACCAGCGGAGGAAGCCAAAAUGCAGUGCGCAAAGGGUACAGGAUACAAACUGACAAGGAAAGGGACUCCAUGAAGGUGCUGUACUACGUCGAGAAAGAACUGGCUCAGUUUGACCCAGCUAGGAGGAUGCGAGAACGAUAUAACAACACCAUCUCUGAACUCAGCUCUUUGCAUGAGGACGACUUGAACUUCCGACAGCCCUACCGCCAGGCGCGGAGGAAACCUCUGCCUCCGGCAGGAGACCUGGAUGGGGAUGCUGAGUACUGGGCAGGAGUGAUCGGCGGGGGCAGCACGUCGAGAUCCCAGGCUGUCUCUGAUUACAGAGAUGAGAGGGACAGUUUCCGACACAGCCAGCAGAGAUCCAAGUCCGAGAUGUUGUCCCGUAAGAGCUUCUCUGUGGGAGUGCCGGCCGUCUCCAUGGACGAGCUGGCAGCCUUCGCGGAGUCCUACAGCCAGCGGGCCCGGCGGGCGGACAGCCAGGAGACUCGGCGUUUCGAGCGCUCGGAGUCGCGUGGCGGAGGGCUGCACCACCAGGACAGCUCCCUGGAGGAGUACUACACCAAGCGCAGCAGGGGGAACCGAGAGCCACUGACGGACUCGGAUCGGGGCUGGUCGUACAGCCCGCCCCGGAGACGGGCUCACGAGGAGAAGCACCUGCCCCGGCUGGUGAGCCGGACGCCUGGAGGGAGCCAGAAAUACGAUCACUCCUACCUCAGCAGCGUCCUGGAGAGGAAAUCCCGGAGCUACGAUGAAAGCGGUGACCGUUGUGAAACCCCCUCAAAGCUGAGCUCGCAGCCCAGCCAGAGAGGAGGGGGAACGUAUUACGCCUGGUCACCACCCUCUACCUACAAGCCCGAGCCGUCGCAGCAGCAGUCGCAGCAGCCGCCGUCGUCUGACCAGGAGGAUGGGGAGGACACCCUGCCUCCCUACAGCGAGAGGGAGCUGAGCCGAGGCCCUUCGUACCGGGCCAGGGAGCAGGCCUACCUCAACGCCUCUGACAAGAAGAGGAAAAAGGAGCCCAAGAAAACAAACGAUUUCCCAACGAGGAUGUCCCUCGUGGUGUGAAGUUGUGGACAUGUCAUGUUGAUGGGCUGGAUACCAUGAGGUGACUGUGGUGGAAAAGAUACAGAGCAACAAGCAAAACAGGCCCCCGUGAACCUUUGCAGCCACCAGCCUGGGACUUAGUUUGAAUCAUUUAUUUCAUCAGGGGAGCAGAGGCUUUCCUAAGAGACAGACUCCCACGAACAGCGCCUGAUCUCAGAGGCUCUGGGAGUCUGCAAAGAAAAUGAGGCCAGGGCUCCCUCUGGCACCCUCCAUUCUGCGCUGGAAGGCAGCCACGUCCCUACUGCCCCUGCUGCCCUGAACUACGAGCGAGGCUGCCUUUGUGCCUCUUGCCCUGUCUCACGUGCAGGGAGAGGCCCGUGUGCAUACAUACCUCUUGCUCUCUCUGUCUCCUCUCUUCUCUGGAUCAAUAUCAUCCCAUGCUUGUACUUGGAGCCUAUUCAGCAUCAUCCCCAUGCUGGGAGGAGGCCUCGUUCUUACAGCUGCAGACCGCCUCCAGUUGAUCAGGCCCUAAAUUAUGAAAGAAAAUCUACAUCAUUUCAGACACCAUAGAGCAGGGACUGAUGAGGUGUUUCUUUGGCAAGGGCUGAACAGAGAGAGAGAGAGAGAGAGAGACAAGUAUGGGCUGGUUCGUUCAAUAUAUUUAGUUAUGUUCAUUUUGUGAUGAGAGUUGCAAGUGAGAUUGAUGUAUUGUUUUGAAAGUGGAUCAAAGUAGCUUUUCUUGUGAUGAGAGCAUGAUGUGUUUUCCUCCCCCAUCCCCAACUGUGAUUUGUUUUGAUAAAGUUGCAUUUCCUUGCAGCUGAGCUAUGGCCCUGUAGAGCUUCAAGCUAGAACAUCUACACCACCAUAUCAGAAGCAGUGCUCUAGCUUUGCUGGCGUUCUGCUUCCAGACCUCUCUGCAUAGCGGCCUUUUUGUUUUAAAGAAGCAAAAGGGAGAAGAUUGCAGUGAGAAGGCUGCAGCUCUUCAUUCUAUGCUAUUGGUAUCAGUCCUUUCUGGUCAUUGUUCUCAGGCACUGAACAGAGCAGUAAGAACAACGGAGAAAGAAUUAACGCUGUGGAUGAACACAAGCUUUGAAAGUCACCUUUUUCAAUUACAGUCGUUUCAGUCACUACAGUUGUGACAUGAUGUUAGUGGCUGUUGUCUCAGGAACAGCUGAAUUUGGAAGUGAGUGCUUCGCACCAUCUGGAAGCCUUACAAUCUGGAUUUCAUAGGGUAUAAUGCAGUCAUUUUUUUAAUUUUUAGCUGCUAAAAUCAUAAUGUGAGGGAGAAUGGUGGGAAUAUUCUAAGGUCCAGUAUCUUGACCGCUGUCAGGCCUAGAAACGAAGUAGUGCCAUAUUGUGUUAUGGACAUUGUCAGCCUCUGAAAUUCCAUCUCUCUUUUAACUCUGGAAAUUUGGUAGCUACCUGGCCUCAAAUUUGUUAGGUGCUCACUCUAGCAAUACAUUUUUGAACACUGGAUUAAUGAACAUCACUGCAGUUCUCCAUAAAAAUUGCAGAUUGCUUUCUGUACUACUCCUUCGCCAUAUGAGUUCACCAGGAAUGGUCAGAGGAGAGGAUGAAUGAUCUCCACAGCUGUCAUGACAUUCCAGUUUUUCACACUAGGUGAAUGAUACAAGGAUGUCUUUCUUCUCCAUGCUUCUCUAGUGGUGAGUGCAGAUUUGUAAAUUCUAGCCCUGGGUCUUCCAGGCCAAAGAAGGAUUAGCCUGUAGGGGCAUACUAUACCUGUCUCUGCUUUGCAUUAUGGCUGGAGAGACUAAACUGUAAGUAUUUUGAUCUUUUCUCAUCUUUAAUGUACGUUCCUAGGAAAACCACAGGAUGGUUAACAAAAGGCUGGCAGGUGGUUUCUAUCUGAGGUCUCCAAUGCCUUGAGAAGCAUACAGAGCUACAUUACAUGCCAUUUAAAAUUAAAUAUUUCACCUCUGACAUAUGCUGAUACAGCCAGCAAAACUUAAUGUUUUGUUGGAACAAAAAACCUUGGGAACCCCUAUGUUAGGAUUUUAGGGUUUAUCCUGCUGUCCUUUCAUCAGACAUCCAGCAGACCCAGGAAGCAUUUUACAUGGAGAUUUGAAUGUGUGUCUGCAACAAUAAUCGUGUCAGAAAGGGGGCAAAACAGCAAUUUAACAUUCUCUGACUACUUGUAUCUUUUAAAUCAUUCUGAAAGCCAGAGCUUUCAAAAUCUCAUUUCAUUUGUGUCUGUCCCUUAUCUCAGUCACUGUAGUUGAUUUGAUCAAGCCCUCAGGAAUGAGUUGUGUAUAUUAAAAAUGCAAUCCUUCCCCUCAUUUAUCUGAAUCACUUUUGUUUGCUUGAUGCCUGGUACUUUAGUGUAUUUGCACACUGUGUUUAGGAAGUUGCCAUUUUAUUUACCUAGCAUGUAGAAAAGUAGUUGUAAGCUAAUUCUCUUAAGAGAACAAUUUUAACCGUAGAAACAGCUGUUCGUAAGAACUGUCCAACAUUUCUUUUGAACCCAAGUACCUGGAGUAGUAUUGAAGAUUUUAUGAUUAGUGAUUCUACAAGUUUUACCAGAUGAUAAAAAAUUCAGCCUCAAAAAAAAAAAAAAAGAGCAGGUCUUAAUUCCCUAAAUUCAGAUCUGGGCAGCACCCAUCAUUUGGCUGUGCCUUUGCUCUAAAAUUUUACAUUUUCCAAAUACGUUAGCAACCAAUUCAUAUCUCCCUACACAAAUCUGAAGGAAUUCUCAGUUACUGAUGGUGUCUGUCCUGAAGCCAUCUUUAUUUUUCCCACAGGAAAUGUGUCUGCAUUGGCACCAAAUGGACCAUAUCAGAAAGCAAGGGGUGACGUAGAGCAGGGCUUUCAUCUCCAUAGCUACAUAGCCCUAAUGACUUGUGACUCUUGGGUAGGCAACGGAGAGGAACAGGGAGCCAGAGGCUGAUGGAGGGGCCGUGAGGAGUCACUUGUUUCAGAGAGGAGGUAAUGGUAGCUUUGUGCCUGCACCAUCGUUCAGAGCACCUGCAGAAUGCAGGCAUUGGAAAAUAAUGAGCCUGAUUACUGCACUUAAUCUGACGUGGGUGUACCGGGGUCUCAAAUUAUAAAUUUUCCAGUGAUCAAUUUUUAUUGCUGGCAUAAAAUUAAAAUCCUUUUCAUACAGGAUAUGGGUGUCUGAGUCAUGUCAAGGAUGCAGAUGGUUUUGUGGCCUUAAAAUGAAGCAUCACAACAGUGACUAGCUAAGAAGACAACUAAGAUGAUGAGUGAAUCCUGUAAAAAAAUUAUGAGCCCUCCGAGCAACAGCAGGAUCAAGCAUCAGCAGUAAAUCUGGAUGUGCUGUCGAAAAUGUUAUCUGGGCUACUGAAAAAAAUUUGAUGGAAUGGGAAAAUAAAUGUCAACGGUGAUGACUUCUCAAUAAUCCCAUUAUUCCUUUAAGGUACAUUGUAAAAUUUCCGUGUGGUGGGUUUAGUGCAAAUAUCCUCAGACCACUCCGCCUCCACUGAAAUGGAAAAUUAACAAAACUAGCACCUUGAAUACUUAGAAACUUGGAGGAACUCCAACAUACAUCAGCUGAGCCAGCCAGCCAGUAUUAUUCUUUUUGUUAGCAUAUAAUAUAGGGGAAAGAACUGAAACUGUAAACAUCAUAGCCCGAGUUAUUAAGUCAGAGACAGACAUCGGCAACGUGACCCAGGCCCAGCUCACCUUUUGUGAAGUGUGUGCUGUUUCCCUGGAAGGUUUCUGCUCCUGCUUCGAUGCGAGGGCCCCUCAGCAGCUCACUGCAUCGUGGCUUUGGCUCUGGCUGGUGACUCUGGGUACCACUGCCAAGGACCAGCAGUUACCCUCCUUCCCUGGCCUUUUUUUCUGACAAGCCCACUCUAGGUGGGUAAUACCAGUUCUCCUGCAACAGAAAUGAGACGAAUGGUUUUGCAGCCAAUGAAGACUUUAACAUACGAAUCUUCUUCAAAGAGUCACCUAAAACUGGCCAGAGAAAUUUGUGGGAGGGAGCAGCAAAGAAAGUGUCUGGAUCAGGCACCUUAAGAUGAAACUGGCCUUCUAAAAAUGGAAAAUUCUCAUUCUCAGAUAUUUUUUUUUCGAGGAGUUUUAGGAGAGUUAACCACACAUGGAUGGCACCACUGGCAUGUGACCAGCCUCCUUCUGGCAUUGCUCAGAAGAGCUUUUCUCGGCCAAGUUGCCAGCCUACUCCUACAGUUGCAGGUUGCCUUGAGCACAGUGACUGCUCCCUCUGCACGUACUCGGAGGGGUCUGUAUGUCUCAUUUAGCCCAAGGUCCCCUCCAAAGCUGCUUCUCUGAAGAGAUGCAGGGCAGCCCCUGGGAUGUACAGAUAGGGAUCCCUAAGAAGGAGCAAUCACAAAACAUUUUGCAAGCCAAACAUAGCCACAAACUUUUAUAGGCACAUGGACACAGUGUUUAUCAUGCCUGGGCUAUUCUGAAAAUAAAGACAACGUCAUGGAGACUGUUCCACUGAGGAAAUGUGUAGGUCUACCUUCUUUUUUCUCUAGGGGCCUUUGACAUGAAGUUGUGGGGGAGGAUCUGCUCUGUGUCACUAAAUACAGGUUUGGGACAUGUGGAAAUGAAAGCUGAAGUGGAUAUAGCUCAUUCCUUGACUGGGUCUAGGAGCAAAGAGGCCUUCGGCAUAAGCCAGGUGCUGCAGAACUGACCCCGGCUCCUGAAACCUGCGGUACAGCACUGGCAUAGGCGCUUUCUGCUGCAGCUGUGCCACUGAAUUCAUCCUCAUCUUCACUUGGGGCUCAUGAAGCCACUUUCCCAUUGCCUGGGAGAUCAGGAAAGCCAUCCCUGUACAUAAUGAGAUGUGUCGGCUAUCAGUUUUGAUACCACCUCAAAAAUGCCAGCUGAAUUACCAGCAUCAGACACAGAACAAUCUUAAGAAUAAAGUUAUCUGCUUCUAAAGGAAGGAAUCUGCCAUGACUCCCAUUCAAGUUCUCUUGUGAUCUUCAUAAUUGCUUUUGGACAUUCGCCCCAGCCUCUGCAGGGACCUUUUCCAGAAGGGACCUUUGCCUCCUCUCCCUUUCUGCCUGUCAUUUUGUGUCAUGCUUGUAAUCCCUCUCUGACCACUCUGCUUGCCUUGACUAUUUUCAGAUAACCUUCAGCUUCACACCUAAAGGUUCCAGUCAGUUUAGAUGUGGACCAAGUGGUACUUUGAAAACAAAACAAAACAAAAACAAAACAAAAACCCACAACAACAAACACCACCAAAAAAAUAAAAACAAAACA